AUGCUUAACCUCAAGUUCAUCAACACCACAAACGUACCCGUGACAAAGCGCAAGAUCGCGUUGCAUGCAUGCGAAACUUGCCGUAGGCGAAAGAAACGAUGUGAACAUCCGUUGGGGGAGGGGGAGUCUCCGCCUCCGCAUACGGUUCACUGGCGGAAGAGGGGCCGUUUCACCACUCUUGGUUCUUCUACAACCGCAAGCGAUUCCCCAAAUGCAGCAACCCCCAUAGACCCUUGCCUUCAGUACAGCCCAGAGGUCUUGAGGGCGUCAUCAACCCUCCCGGAAGAUGGAGACGACAGUGAGGUAUCAGAGUCCAUUCAUGUUGCCGGCUCGGUGCCCCCGACAAGGAGCCCUCGGCGUCACGUUGCCAGUCCAUCUCCACUUAGCGCCAGCCUAUCAGCGCUUGCUGAGCAUUCGACGCCUCGUAGUUCUAGCCCAGAACUCAGGAUUGAUGAGGAAUCAAUACAGAAUAACGAGGAUAGAUUCGUCGGUGACCUGAAUCCAGAAGGGACCUUCCUCGCAGAUAGUCCCGGAACGCGCCCUGGGUACGCACAGUCCAAUUCUGUGGGCGUAUGGUAUUCUCGCAGAAACAACAAAAACAACCCAACUACAGAACUCGCAUCCGCGGUCUCCGUGGAUUAUGCAGAGCAUCAGUUCCUAGCCGUACUGCCCAAGAAAGAACACUAUGACCAGCUAAAAAGGAUCUACCUCCGAGAUGUCCAUCGGAUACUACCUAUAAUGAACGUCGACAUCCUCGAAAAGCCAACAUCCACGAUAUCACAAGUACUCUGCAAGCAGGCCGUUUGUCUGGCGGCAGGGUCCAACCCGAGCGCAAAGCCAUAUUUGACACUCGGUGAAGACUCGUCAACGGCCCUAGCCUAUCCCGAAUUUGCUCUCCGCCUUUCGUCAGCUAUCCGGAAGGCACUGGGUUUCGGAUUAGUCAAGGAUCGCGUUCAGGCAGUUGCUAUUCUCGUCAUUCUCUCAUUGUAUACUCACUUCUCCCAAGACCGCCACCUUUCUGCCGAGCUAGCAGCACAAGCUGUGAGCAACGCUCAAACAGUCGGCCUUCAUCUCCAAAAUCCACCAGCGAGGUCCGAGGAGCCUGCAUAUCUAACUCGAUUGUUUUGUUGCGUCUGGGCAAUGGACCAGCUCAACGCUGCAUUCCAUGGCCGGCCUAUAAUGAUGCAUGAAAGAGACCUAGGGCGGGACAUGGAGGCCUGCAUCGCUGAGCAAGACAGCUGCUUCCGGCUGUUCCUCAAGAUUGUCGUUCUGCUGGGCCGCAUCAUCGACCUAUACCGGCCGGCAGCAAAGAAUACUGGCUGUGUUGUUAUGGAAGACCUUCCAAGCUUCGAAAGCCUCGUCGAAAUGGCACAGGCCCUCGGUGUCGAAUCCCGUCUUCUGGCCUCAAUUGAGCUGCUCUAUCACGGCAUUGCGAUUUUGUCCUGUCGUAUCCCGGUUGGAUCAACACGAUCGGAGCACCUAUCCUUAGCAUACACUCGGCAGUCUCUUUCUGCCAUUAAGAUAACGGCGAUUGUAAAGCAGUUUGGCAACUCGUUAUCUCACAUGACGUUCGUACCAUACGCCGUAUCGCUCUCUUUGCGAGUAGCCUACAGAGAGCUUCGGUCCAGCAAAGUCCCGAUGUUGACCGCGAGGUCUCGCCGCCAAUUCCAAUCAACUUGCAAGGUACUCAAGGAGCUUGGUGGUAUGUUCCGCUCCGCGCUCGUCAUGGUGGACCUGGCCGAGCAGGUCAUUCAAGAAAUCGAUCAAGUCUGCUCCAACGCGCUGAACGAGCAGAAUGUAAACGACUCUGUUGGCACGCCGACUGCUACUCGCCAAGGGGAUACAACCGCUGCAGAGGGUCCUGAGACGGCCAACGCUGCGGGGGUCGAGAACCUCCCACUUCAUAGCGAAUCAAUUUCGGGGUUCGACGCUUCUCUUUUUGAGGGGCCUGCAGGGUUUGAUGUUUUCGAGUUCUUUGAUCCCGGUGACCUUAACGCCAUUGAUGCCAUCUUAGGAGGUGAUGCACCUCCUGGCUUUGGUCACUUUGGGUCUUUGAUCUAA